CGGGCCACUGAGCUGCGAGGCAUGUAGCCUGGCGGUAGGAGAGAGACAGGAUGACCGCCGGCACCUUCAUCUGCGUCCUCCUCACUCUGUGGUCUCGCUCGCGCGGUGACUCCGGCGCCUUCCGCGCGACGCCCGAGGAGCCCCGCGCACCUUCGACUCCACCCGGCUGUGUGAAGGUCAGUCCUGAGAAGCUGUCCUGCAGAAACCUGAAUCUGACCUCCGUUCCCACCAGGUUGGAUCCGGGGCUGCGGAGACUGGACGUGUCCUACAACCGGAUCAGAGACAUGGGUGUGCUGGAGCUGAGGGCUCUCCAGGAGCUGGACGCCAGUGGGAAUGGCCUGCGAUUCCUGCAUGAGGGGACGUUCCAGAAGAUGUUCAGGCUGCGUGCACUGAACCUUGCAGGCAACGCUCUGAACGAGAACGCGGCCUCCAACUCCAGAGCAUUCUGGGCCCUGCUUGGGCUCCGCAGCCUGGACAUGUCCUCCAACGCUCUGAGCCAAAGUGCUGCAGAGCUUUACUUGGACAGAAUCUACUCAUUGAACCACUUGAAUUUCGCGGGUAAUGCCCUCACCAAGCUCACGUCCUCACUGUUCUCCAGGAGCCACUACCUCAGGAGCCUCGACAUGGAAAACAACCUCAUCCUGGACAUUGAGGAGGGCACGUUCGAGCCCCUCAAGAGGUUGGUCUGGCUGAACCUGGCCGGCAACAACCUGGCCUGCAUAUGUGAUUUCAGGCUUCAUGGGCUCAAGUUCCUGAACCUCAGCAGGAACUCCAUGGAGUUUUUCAUCACCCACCGUAGUAAUGAGUCAUACCAACUGGAAACACUUGACCUGAGCUACAACAACCUUCUCUAUUUUCCCAUACUCCCCAAAAUAAAUAAUUUGAGAUAUCUCCAUUUGCAGAACAACAGGCUGGGCAUCUUAAUGCCAGAAAGGUCCGUUACAGAAGCAAGCUCUCUGUAUGAGGAAAUACAUUACAGUACAGUAGGCAGCUAUGAGUUAUAUUCUAAUCAGAGCCUGGAGCUGCUGGCUCACUUGGACCUGAGCAACAAUCAGUUAGCGUCUUUCCCUUCUGAAACAUUAAGCCACUUGCCUUCCCUGGAGGCCUUGAACAUGAGCAGCAACUGCCUGCGUGAUUUUGGCCACAAUGUCGUCCCAAAAAACAGCAGCCAUUGGGGCACCCAGCAAUCAGAACGCCUCCCCUCAUUGCGCUCCCUGGACCUUCAGUCCAAUCAGAUUCAGUCCCUCGGACUGGCUGAGGCCCUGCCAGAGAUAGAAACGCUAAACCUCCGGAGCAAUCUGGUGAACCCAUGCGCUGGCAACGAGUCUGAGCCUUUGCAACUGAAGAACGUCAAUGGUGCCCCCUGUGUCUCAUUCAGCACGAUCAAAACUCUGAGACACCUCAACCUCGGAGAGAAUGGUAUCAAGACUCUGUUCCCACACACGUUCCAGCACACUCCUCUGGUGUCGCUGGAUCUGUCUGGAAACCAGGCCAUGACGAUGGUGGGAGGAGCCCUAGAGGGCCUUCAGGGGACCCUGGAGAUGCUCAGCUUCUCUGGGAAUGAGAUGCAGGGCUCAGACCUCAGUCUGCGGUGUUUGGUGAAACUGAGGAGACUGGACCUGGCCUGGAACAGGCUGGAGGUUCUGCCGGACCUUGUGAGCUGUUCCCCACUGCGGGAGUUAGAUCUGAGGCACAAUGCCUUCACCUUUCUGGACGGGCGUCUCCUUACCGGACUGGCUUCACAUCUGGAUGCUGUCUUAGUCUCCGGCAACGCCUUCAACUGCUGCUCCGCUGGGUGGCUGGAGCUCCUGCGCGGGGCUAGGGUUCGCAUCCGCGACCUGGAUGAAGCCACCUGCUUCUACAGCCGCAACGGGGCCAUGUCUGUUCGUUCGCUAAGUGACCAUUCCAAACUGUGCCGCCCCAAGCCAAAACUUGUUAUUCCGAUAGUUACCCUUCUCAUUGCCGGGUUUCUGUCCCUCAUCAUCAUCUUACUCCUGGUUAAAGGGGCCUCUUGCAAAAAAUGCUCUUCUCUCAAUAUGAAAAGCAACAAAGUUGCUUCAAUCCAGUACCGUAACAAUGAGCAGCCAGCUGCCCCAGUGGCUAAAAUCAACAUGUCUGACAGUGAACUCAAGUACGUGGAAGCUUCGACGUAAAAAUAUGAGCAAUUUGCUGCUGCUGAGCUAGACUUCAGUUACAUUGUUUUCAAUGUCUAGGGCGGGGCUUCCCAACCCUGUUCCUGGAGAUGUUCAACCUAAUGUUUCAACCCUAAUUUGGCAUGCCUGAUUCGACUUUGUGAUGGUCUUUUCCUCGUCUUGUCCAUUAUGACAAAAUCAAACAUUUUUAAUAUUAUCGUGAGUCUUUAGUCUUGGCUUAUACGUUUUGUGAUGGCCAACGACACAAUUUAUAAUCCGACACUGCCAACACCCAAUAGGUGCUCUGUCUUUAGCCCUGUUCAAAAGGAGUUAGUAUUGCAGGAUAAUGUCGGUCAUGUACCUAUUUUAAUCAUGGCACAUCAGUGAUUUCAACGGGCAGUCCAUACGGGAAAAGCCUUUCCCUUUAUUACUCCCCAAAUUUACUGAGGGGACAUGUCUGUUUGGCUGUUCCCCAGUAUAGGCCUAUUCGUCACACAUUCCUACCAGGGGGAAAAAAACACAACACACGCAUAACAUUAUAAAGAAACAAUGUUUUUUCUUAAAGAUUUUUUUUUUAAAUUUUAAACGUAAAAAAUAUGAAUAUAUGUAGCUAAUUUGACAAAUCUUACAAACAAAUAUAUAUGAAAUAUAUUCUAUAAAUAGGCUAUACAUAGCUGUAGUAUUAUGAAGUAUUAUAAAAAUGUAAAAUAGCUGUAAUUCACAUCAAAAAUUGACAGAUUUGUCCAGACAUUAAUAGAAUUAUCGGAGGAUCUCAGUGUUUGCAGAAAAACAAACAGCCGGAAUUAUUAUUUGUGUGCUCACUGACAUGGUCGUUCCAGAUGUGAAUUACGCUGCUAAAAAUUACAGUAUCUGAUCUUUUCUAGUUAAUUGAAUCCCGUCUGAGCACUGGUGUUUCCAACACGAUGGAGCUAAAACAAAAAAAAUCUCCAAAAUAAUAUUGUUGCAAUCUUAUAAUGUGCGAAGCUGCAUGAUUCCCAGUCUUUGCAGACAAACGUGUGCACCUGUAGGACUACAAACCCAUGACUUAUGACAGAUUGUUGUUUAAUGUGAAGGUGUGUCAGAUUUUAGUAAUCUAGGAGCUGUCUCGUAUAUGGGAGGAAUACAAGCUGUGUGCUACUGUACUGGGCUAAACAAUGCAUGCAUUUGUGUGUGUGUGUGUGGGGGGGGGGGUUAUUUCCAUUAUGUAUAAGCUUUCUAGAACCAAACAAUGCUAAUCAUAAAUAUGCUAUGACAGCCUGUCAGUGAUUACUGUACUUCCUGCACCACUGUUCUUCCUUCUUGUUAGUAGGGCCUAACCACAGAUAUGCCUGUUUUAUUUGAUAAGCCACUUGAAGAAAAGCAUGGACUUGUUUUAAAACAGUUUGUGUUUACUGAAGUCACCUUAUAUGCUGUUGAAAUAUAUAUAUAUAUAUAUAUAUAUAUAUAUAAACAAUAUGAUGUUGUUCAUGUAAAUAAUAUGAUGUAUGUGCAGCUAGAUGAAUGAAAAGCUGUGUUGAUGUUUUAUGUUAAGUGGUAGUUAUGGUCGCUACCCUAAAAAUAUAUUUUUAUCCAAUUAAAAUUAUUUUUACUUACUCAUCACAA